AUGUGUGUUGUUGGAGGUGCCAGCAGCAGUGGUCGAAUGGAGGGACGGGACCUUCCAACCAUUAAAAGUACAGAAGUUGGUGACCCAUCCGUCAGCACAAGCGGUGAGGUAGUAGCAUUGACUCUGGCUCUGAAUGAAUGCAAGGGCCAGGCCGUGACGGUGUAUUCAGAUUCGGCGUAUGCAGUGUCCGCACCGCUCAUUGACUUGGCGGGAUGGCUGAAGAAUGGGUUCACCACAGCUAAAGGUACCGAAAUUGCUCAUAAACAACUCAUGCUGCAAUUAUACGAUGCCCUACAGGAGGCCUGCGAAGGCAUGGAAAACCGCCUCAUCCUGCACAUCCUCACUCGUCCGUUCUGCCUUUUCAUCCUGGCAGUCUUUUCCUCUGCCCUGCGCUGCCUCAUUCACUCCUUCAUCCUGGCCCUCGCCAUUCCAGUGUUCCUGGUCAUCAUCUACCUCAAAAUCACCAUACCACGCUCCACGGGGGUUCUGGGCUGCAGCCGCCCCUCGUGGGACUAUGUGGGCAGCAGCUUCAGGGGGACGGAUGAUGAAAUCCUACAGAAUCCUUACUCUCGGAUCAGUGGCAAGAAAGCCAUAUCGAAGAAGCCAAGGCGCAGAAUUGCAGCCAAAGAAAAAGACAAGGAAGCAUCAACGGAGACAAUCACUCCAGAGAGAGAAGAGGCCGCAGGCCAGGUCUGGGUCGCAGAAAGCGAGGGAGAAAUCUUAGGCUGCCUCUUCCGAGAGAGCGAGAAACGAGCCGGCGUCAGGAGGAUUUGUCGGCUGGUGACGGGCAGCUGGUACCGGAGGGAGGGCUUGGCGCGGCUCUUUGUCCAGAGCCUGGAGCAGAAGGAGAGAGAAACGGGGGCGCUGCGAGUUUACGCUCACGUGCCUUACCCUUCGAAGGUGGGCGAGGUCUUUUUCAGGAAACUGGGUUAUCUGCAGCACGGGGAGGAGGCUGAAGAUGAGGACGCAGAGGGAGAGGAACAGCGGGAGACUCCGGAAAAAGGAUUUCUUGGAUAUCCGCUCACCAAAGUGUUUUACAAAGACUUGUGAGCCACAGCCUCUACAGAGGCGUGACUUUAAGGGACAUAAACCAAACAUUACAUCUUACAAAGCAGUGAUGCCAUUGCUGCUCUAUGUUCGGAUAUUUAAGCCUGCCAUAUAGUGUUAGAAGUAUUAUUUAUUUUAAAAACGAGCCACAUUGUACCCUGGGUCGAGUAAAGAGACAGAAAGGGAUGGUGUGAUCAACUCAUCACUUCAGUUGUCUUUUCAGUUUUAUUUUAGAAUUUGUGGUGUGUUCAGACUGAGACGCUACAACUGAGGUGUUGCAGGCUAGAUUUAAGUAAAAUGUGUGGCUAGAUUCUUAGAAAAACAUUACUUGAGUGAAAUCUGCGCUAUGUUUGAGAAUUUUAACAAUAUUUAAUUUAAAUAAAGUUUAUUCAAAAUUACAAGACAAAAUGGGAUGAUCAACUAUUGGUACUUCACAUGGGUGUGUACUGAAAUGCAAGCACUUGUCUGAAAAAAAAAAAAGUAGUAUCAAUGCAUCGCUAGUUGGAAUGAAAGUAAAAUAAAUUCCAAUAGAUACAUUUUGUUUGUACGGUAUUUCUGUUUUAGCUUGCACUUAGACUAACAUUGCUUAAACUUCAUAAAACGCAAACAUGUCACAUGAGAUGAGCCUAUAAUUUUUAUUAUUUAUAGAUGUAAAAUGAGUGUUUGUUAAAUCUGUGUGGGUGUGUUAAUGUGGUUUGUGCAUUUCCGGACAGUAAUGUGUGAAAACAGUACAGUAGAUGCAGAGGGAGAUGCACGUUCACUGUAUAGGAAGUAUUUGCGGUUUAUGUGAUAGCGCAGAAUCGGUUUGGCUCCACACGUUAGAACUGCUUCUGUAACCCUUCUCACCUGCAUUGCUACACUUUUGAGCUACUAAAACCCUUCUUCAAAAUCUUUAUUAUUUUUUGUUUUUCGUGGUUACAUGUAAAUACUUUCCUGGCCCCAACAAUAGCUCCACCGAGAUCCACAAGCUCCAAAAUGUGAAGAGUCUCACAAAUUCAUUUUCAUCUGUACAUUGCGGUUAUCACUAUGUUUAUUUCUUUCCAAACUAACCAAUAAGUGUACAGCAGAUGAUGCUUUUCGCCCUGCCCUACAAUUUUAGCAUUUCCCUCCUCGGCCCUGCGCUCUCCUCCUAAAUCAAGUGGUGCUCUGACAGAUGCAUAAACAAACCGACCAGCGUUGGACGCAAGCGUCCACGUGCACACAUUGCCAAAAUACCGCACGACUAGACUAACCUCAGAUGGUGUCAGUGAGUGUUGCAUCAAUCUGCCGCAGCUUCCAGACCGUAGCACAGACAGGAUGUUUAGUGUAAGAGGAGACAGGAUUAAAUACACAAGUGAAAGUUUCUUACAUAUGUAAAGUGAAAUACUCUCAUACAUACUACGAGUGUACAGUAUUUAGCUUUUUACAUAUACUUGUGGAAGCUGUCACACGACUGAAACGCUCUUAUAUACUACUGAAAUGUUCUCAUAUAUCAGAUUUUUUUUCUCAAUAACAGGUGAAAUGCUUUCAUAUAUUUUUUCUCGUAGAUUCACAAGUUUUAAUGUACAUGGAACACUCUUGUAUGCACAACUUACGUACAUUGUUUUCCACUCAGAUACACUCAAUAAACAUCCAUCCAUUUUCUUUGUCACUUAUCCUCACAAGGAUCGCGGGUUGUGCUGGAGCCUAUCCCAGGUGUCAACGGGCAGGAGGCGGGGUACACCCUUAACUGGUUGCCAGCGAAUCGCAGGGCACAUACAGACAAACAGCCGCACACAUAAUCACACCUAGGGACAAUUUAGAGUGUCCAAUGAAUGUUGCAUGUUUUGGGGAUGUGGGAGGAAAUUGGAGUGCCCGGAGAAAACCCAUGCAGGCACACCCGGGAUCAAACCUGGGUCCUCAGAACUGUGAGGCCAACGCUUUACCAGCUGAUCCACUGUGCCGCCACUAGAUAAACAGUAGUAUACAUUAUUGACAUGCUUUCAUCGAAGAUUUUUUACACUACUGUCUUGCUCUCAUACAUGCUACUGAAAUGCUUUCGUUGAUGACAGAACGUUUACAUAUACUAGCAAAAUGCUUUCACAGAACAAUGAAAAUUUUUUGCUCACAAGUGUAAUACUUUUACAUAGAUACUGACUCAUACGCGUUGAUGAAAUGCUCUCACACACUAGUAUCUCUAGUCUUGAAGUUACACCUGUUUUUUACAUAACACUGAAAUGUGUAGUUCAGUAUAUUAUCUGAGUGCAUUUCAGAAUA